AUGGAGAAUCCAGACAAGAUUGGAAGGCUUUCAAGUUGCCGAGGUGUGGCCUUUGAGAUCAAACCACAUUCAGACCCAUUCGCCAUCACAACUCCGGCCAUAGCCGAGCGUCAUGGAAGCAAAAGACAAUGGCUUCCAUGGGGCAGCUUUUCAAAAAUAGUCCCAUCUUCCAGCAUCAUACAAAAGUCCACAAGUCGAGCCAGUAGCCAUUUCUGUGAUCUAGAACUUGAGGGUGACGAUGAAGACGACGACACUUUAAACUCUUUGGAAGAAGGAAACGAGGAGGAGGACCUGAACCCAGUUCCCCUUCCCCUUCCUGCUUCCAAAAGCCACAGCCAACUACCUCCAAAGGCCGCAAAGCCCAAAGAUUCAUCAAGACUAUCGAUUAUACAGGUCGAUCAAGGCCUUUUCACGGUCUACAAGCGACUCUUCGUAGUUAGGUUGGCCUUAAACAUCACCGAUAUAAUCCUUGCAGCUACCAGGAAUUUCUCAUAUGCAAGGCGAAGAGCUACUCUUUUCUCUAUUGGCAACAUUCUCACUUUGACUCUGUGUCGAAGCGAGGCGUUCUUGAGGGUUGUCUUCUGGCUUGUCGUGAAGAUCUUUGGGCGGUUGUGGGUGCAUCUGCCACUCAAAACCGCCCUGACAUCUCUCCUAGAGUCGCUAGGAGGGAUACAUAGUAGCUGUGGUGUUUCCUCCAUUGCUUGGCUUGUAAACGCUUUAGUCCUCACUCUCAAAGACAGAGAAAACAGUUCUACUGGAAUUGUAUGGGUUGCAUCGACGAUUCUCUCUCUUCUCGCCUUCUCUGCCUUAGUCUGGGCUUUAAUAAUCCUUACUAUCUCUUACGAUCCAAAAACCAAAUCCUAUAGCAACCAACUGGGAUCUAGAUUGAUAAAACAACAAGAAUUCUGGUUCACAGUAGCCAUCACACUGCUAAUAAUUCUCCCAUGGCUGACAGUGAGGCGUGUCGCAGUUAAGGUCUCGGCUCCUUCUACCCACGCCUCCAUAAUCAAGUUCCAAGGUGGUGUCAAAGAGGGUGUAUUGGGCCGUAUCAGCCCAUCACCGUUAUCUGAACGGCACGCAUUUGGUAUCAUUUCGGACAAUAAGAAAGAACACAUUAUGUUGGCUGGUGCAGUUGGGGACUUCACAAAGUCAUUGGUUUCGAACCCACCGAGCCAUUUGUGGGUUAGACAGGUUCACUUUGCUGGUCUCCCAUACCUUGUCAACGUGUACGAUCGAGUUUUGCUAGUGACAACUAGCUGGGGUAUCUGCGUCUUCUUGUCAUUUCUGUUGCAGCCUUGUACAGCUAAUAACUUUGGAAAAGAAAUUAAAGAUUGGGUGAGUGGGUACCCGAAAGAGAAAGUGAUUGUUCAUGACACCGCAGUGCUUGGCCGUCCCAAUGUGUCUCAGAUGAGCGUCAACACCGCGAGGAACUGGAAGGCUGAAGUGGUUAUUGUUACAAGUAAUCCAGAAGGGAGCAGAGAUGUUGUCAAUGCUUGA